AUGGCCUGGAGAGCAAUAAUACCAGUUCUAGGUGAGGAUUCGGCAUUUUGAAGCCGAUGGGAUAAAGUUGGGGGAUCUGUGGUUUUACAGAGCUUGUUAGAUUCCUGUCACUGGCGGGGUAUGGGUGAUUGAUGUCUAGCUCCUGUAGAACUACAACUCCCAUGAUGCUUUGCCAGCUGCAGGUCAGGAUAUUUACCUUCUGACCUGCCUGCUUGACCUAAGGAACUGCUGCUGGGUUGUAGCCAGGGGGAGUGGGGGCUGUUAUUUACAUAGUGUUUUAUUAUAUAUUCAUUUUAAAGUUAAAACUCGUUUUCCUGGCACUAUAGGGUCUUAAGGUCCCCCCUCCCCCCACCCUCAGGGCCCCCCUCCAGCUGGGUUGAAGGAGUUAAAACUCCUUCAAGGGACACUCCAGUGCCAGGAAAACAAUCUGUUUUCCUGGCACUGCAGGUCCCCUCCCCCUCCCAUCCCCGGUUGCUGAAGGGGUAAAAACCCCUUCAGUCACUUACCUGAGACCCCCGCUGAUGUCCGUCAGCAGUGGUUUCGGGUCACCGCCGCUCCUCUCCUUCCAUAAGUCAGCCGGUGGGCAAGACUGAUCCCGCCCACCGGCUGAGGAGACCUAAUGCGUUUGCGCGGCAAUGCCGCGCACGCGCAUUAGAGCUCUCCAUAGGAAAGCAUUGAAAAUGCUUUUCAGUGCUUUCCUAUGGGGAAUUGAGCGACGCUGGAGGUCCUCACACAGCGUGAGGACGUCCAGCGACGCUCUAGCACACCUGUGCUAUAGACACGGAAGUGCCUUCUAGUGGCUGUCUAGUAGACAGUCACUAGAGGAGGAGUUAACCCUGCAAGGUAAUUAUUGCAGUUUAUAAAAAACUGCAAUAAUUACACUUGCAGGGUUAAGGGUAGUGGGAGUUGGCACCCAGACCACUCCAAUAGGCAGAAGUGGUCUGGGUGCUUGCAGUGUCCCUUUAAGCCACUUACCUUUCUCCAGCGCUAGGCUCCCUUGGCGCUGGUGAACUCUCCUCCUUCUGCCGACAUCAGCAUCGCAUGCGCGGCAAGAGCCGCACGCGCGCAUUCAAACCGCCCAUAGGAAACCAUUUCUCAAUGCUUUCCUAUGGACGUCCAGCGUCUUCUAACUGUGAUUUUUCACAGUGUGAAGCGCCUCUAGCGGCUGUCAGUAAGAGGCUGGAUUAACCCUCAGUGAAACAUAGUUUCAGUUGCAGGGUUAACACUAGAGGGACCUGGCACCCAGACCACUUCAUUGAGCUGAAGUGGUCUGGGUGCCUAUAGUGGUCCUUUUAAGCAAUUAACAGGGGCCAUUUAAUAGACUUCCUUGUUUUUUCCAUCACUAUUAGUAUAGAUGUCUCCGAUGUUCUCUAUACAAAUCUGCCAAGAAAAAGCUAUUUUUGAUUUUUCACUAGAAUUCAUGCCUAUGGUACACAGCAUGGUGAGGCUAUAAAAAAAAUAAUAAUGAAUAACUACCACCAAUAAUAUGUAUAUUUCUUCUGUUUGACAUGAACGUUUUUACUUGCUCCUACUUUCCUUCUCUGGACGGUCUCCAAAGGUUCAAAAUAUUUGUUUUUAAGAAUAAGGGAGCUCAACAGCAGUGACCUACUGUAAAAGCUUGAGAAUACCUUGAGCAUAGUGAUAAGAGCAGCAAUCAGCCAGCAGACAUCCCUCAAGGAUCCUUCACUUUAUGAGAUCAUGAACUUUACUAUUUUUCCCACUAAAUAUGAGUGAAAAAAAUGCAACAUUAUAUUCUUUCUCAGGAUCCAUACAAUAUCUUAUAUGGUGUUUGCAUGCAGAGGCUCAAAACCUACUUGUACAGAUUCACUCAUACGCUUUUUGAAAGUACAUUUGUAGUUUCUGUUGUUCAUUCAUGGCUACAGGGUGCUACAUUUAGGAAGAAGAGGUUAUUGGAAAGUUAGUUGUGUGACUUUUUUAUUAUCUAGCCUUGGAGUUUUAUUCAUGUUUGUGAUGCACAGCGGGAGGUUAUGGGAUAAGUAGUUUCUCCUCAGGAAUACUUUCAAUCAUUACUUUGGAUGAGCGAAAUUGUUUAACCCCUUAAGGACACGUGACAUGUCCUGAUUCCCUUUUAUUCCAGACAUUUGGUCCGUAAGGGGUUAAAGGACCACUAUAGGCACCCAGACCACUUCAGCUCAAUGAAGUGGUCUGGGUGCCAGGUCCCUCUAGUGUUAACCCUGCAGCUGAAAACAAAGCAAUUUUAGAGAAACUAUGUUUCACUGAGGGAUAAUCCUGUCUCACUGACAGCUGCUAGAGGUGCUUCCACGCUUCUCAGUGUGAAAAUCACAGUGAGAAGAUGUUGGACUUCCAUCGGAAAGCAUUGAGAAGUGCUUUACCAUGGGCGGUUUGAAUGCGCCCAGCGCUGGAGAAAGGUAAGUGGCUGAAGGGGUUCUAACCCCUUCAGCCCAGCGGGAGUGGGACGAGUUUGUAUUCCUGGCACUAUAGUGGUUCUUUAAUAGACUCGCAUAAAACCCACUAAUAAAUGUUCUGCUUAUUUGGUGUAGUAUAUAACAAGUUCCUUUUGCUUUUCCAACAGGUGGUGCAUCAAUGUAUGCCGAGUUACCAAUGUCUGAUUUUAUGGAGUACACUCCUUUUGACAAAGUCAAUAAUUGA